GCUAAGCCGACGACGGGUCAGGGUCAAAUCCUUCCCCCAAGGAGGAUUGAAACGUAAGACGUGUUCGUGAAAGGUGUUUAUGUACCUGCUGUCAACCUGGAGAACGUGACGGGGCGACUUUUCUUUUUCACCUGCUGAAACGUGAUCCCUCCCGGCGUAACCAAUAUCGGGUCAGGUCUUACAACGGCUCCCCUGUCUCUACCGCUACAUAACAUACAACAUUACCCCGUCAUGGAGUACGCCACGGCGGCAACUCAGCAGGCCACCGGGACGCACAACGGAGGCUUCUCGGGCCACCACUGGGACCUGUUCCGAACAUUUCUCGACCAGGUGUCGUCGAAAGUCGACGAGGACGAGCUGGCCAUCAUGAAGACAGUCUGCCUGACCUACCUGCCCAAGAAAGACUUAGACACGGUCCAAGACGCUCGCGGCUUGUUUGAGGAGCUGGCAGCACGUCUUCUGCUAAGUCGGGAUAACUUGGACGUCUUAGAGGACUUACUGAGGACCUGCGCUAGAGAAGACCUCAUCGGGAAGUUAGAACUGUACAAGCAGCUGAGGAAAAGGGAGAUGACGUGUGAACAGUGUAGCAGUCAGCAGCACAAGUCUGAGCCGAGAGGGUCUGGGCCCGAGCUGGUCAGGUCUACAAGUAUUCCAGGAAUCAAGUUCAAGUUCGACCCGAACACGGCGCACCGCUCCCUCAAGUUCUCCAACAAGAGCACGGUGGUGUCACGUGACGUGGAGGGCGCCAAACACCGACACGUGCCGAAGAGACCCGAACGGUUCGUGGACGGUCCGUACCGAGCCGGGAACCCGCUCGUGCUGGGGGACGUCGCCAUCACCAGCGGCAAGCACUACUGGGAGGUCUCGGUCAACGAGAGCACCAUCUACAUCAUCGGGAUCGCCUAUAGAAGUACCCGCCGUGACGAGCGGCUAGGAGACAACGCGACCUCCUGGAUCCUGGACCGUACCGGGAACGACUACGAGACGAGACACGCGGGGAAGCCGCACAAACUCAAGCCGGACCCGCACCCGGCCAGGAUCGGCGUCCUGCUCGACUACGAGGCCGGCAGAGUGUCGUUCUUCGACGCGGAGACCAGGAGGAAGCUGUACACGUUCAAGGACCACUUGGCGAACCCCGUGUGCCCGGCGUUCGGUGUGUGGGACGGCGAGCUCACUCUGCACACCGGCCUCAAGGCCAUCAAAGAUCUGGAGAACCAGCCGAGCUUCAGUCGGUGA